AUGAAGCAACUACACACCAUUGCAGAGGCUGCAUCAGAUAGAGCAGAAAUGCACAGCAUCAUUGGAGCUCAACGCAACAACUGGCACCACCUCCUCUUCCACUCCAUCAACUCCAUUAACUUCUCAGCUUCCUUCAUGGCUUGCAUGGCAAACUCCACUGCUCCUCAUCAUCCGGCCUUCCUCACCUUUUUAGCUUUCAAGUUCUCGUCUGUUUUCCUCUAUGCAACAGUCACUGCAUUCAUAAUUCUUGUUAAUAAGAUACAACCUUCACAACUUGCAGAAGAGCAAAGGAAUGCCACUAGACUGUUUAAGCAGUUAGAGAAGUCUAUAUAUAGUACUCUAGAGCUUGAAACUCCUAGUAUUAUGGACGUAGAGAUGGCAAUGGAGAGAGUUCUGGCUCUUGACAAAGCUUAUCCUCUUCCUUUGCUUCCUGGGAUGCUCGAGAAGUUCCCGAAGAUGGUGAAGCCUACGAUAUGGUGGCCGGAGAUGAAGAAGAGGAAGGAAGAAGUUCAAGUGAGAAAAGAAGUUGAUGAAGAGAUGAAGGGAGUACUGAAGGUAUUAAAAAUGAAGGAUGAGAAGCAGUAUUUAGAUUGUGGUGAGUUGUUUUUAAGGAUUAAUAAGGUUUUGUCGGUGUUGGGACCGAUUAUCGCAGGGAUGGGGGCGGUUGGGGCUGUUUUUAUUGGAUGGCCGGAGCUCCGGGGAGUGCCGGAGUUCAUGGCAAUGGUUGGAGGUGUGAUAGGUGUGGUGGUGAAUAGCAUGCAGCAUGGUUGGCAAGUUGGGAUGUUGUUUGAGUUAAUGAGGAAUUGUGCUGGUUAUUAUAGAAGGUUAGUAGAAGAGAUUGAGUUUAGUUUGGAGGAGAAGAAGAGGGAGGAUGAUGAGGAGAUGUUUAAGUUGAAGAUAGCUUUGUGUCUUGGAAGGAGUGUUUCAGAGUUCAAAGACUUUGCAAGCUAUGCUUCUUCUUCUUGUGAAGAUGAUGAAAAGAUUGAAGUGUUUGCAGGGAAGUUGUUUUGA